CUCUGGGGGUGGGAAGCGCCGAGGCGGCGGCGCCGCCAUUUUGUGCUGAAGCUGCCUGAGGAUGGAGUCGAAACGCGAACCGGAGCUGCCCGCCGCCCCCCGAGCCUUCAGACUCACCGCCCCGCCACGGAGCGCCGCUCCACACGCCCCUCCGCACCGCUGGCAGCGCUGAACGGCCUCAUGGACCACAGCGGUCGCGAACGCGCCGGCCCCGGCUUGGGAUGGGCCCGACUGGGCCUGGCCGGGGCCUGGCCGAAGCUGGCGGGGCCCAGCGCGGCUCCCGCCGGCGGCUCGUCCCAGGCGAGCCCGCCCUUCUCGUGGCUGCGCGUGGUGUCGCAGCUGCUGUCGCCGCUGCCCGCCCUCCUCCAGCGGCUGCUGCCCGGCGCCGCGCUGAGCUCCGCGCUGUGCCCCGCCAAGGCACCGCCGCCGCUGGUGCUGCUGCCCAAGGCGGACACCGCGCUGGACUGGAGCGAGGAGGAGCUCCCGGAGAAGCGGCCGGAGCGCGUUCCCGAGCCCCCGGUGGGGCUGUGGGGAGCCGGGCUGGUGCGGAGCAGUUUGGGCGCUCUUCCCAUGGAUUGGUACGUGCUGGGUUUGGAGCAGGGCAAGAGCCACCUGCCGCAGCCCCUGCGAGCCGAGGGCUUGCCCGAGGUUGAGUUCCUGCGCAGCAAGCGCCUGGCGUUCCUCCAGCGCUGGCAUCUGCCCGUGCCCGACCCCGACCACGGCUACCACAGCCUGGAGGAGGAGCAGCAGCAGCAGUACAGGGGUGCCCGCCGAGAAAUCGGGGAUUUAGAGCAGCUUGAGGGUGAGGGGAGGCAGCCUGGAGGUGUCCCCGUGGAGCAGGAGCGGCUGCGGGGUGCGGCUGAGGAGGAGGAGGAGGAGGAAGCCUCGGCUGGAGAGGAGGGCGAGGAGGACUCUGAAACGGAGCAAAACUUCCCAAUUUCAACCAGACCUGCGUGUGCGAAUAAAUUAAUCGAUUAUAUCAUCGGAGGAGUAUCCAGUGGGGAGGAGAGUGAGGAUGAGGAAGACUGGAAUGAUGAUGAUGAUGAUGAAGAUGAUGACGGGUUUGACAGCGAGGAGCUGCCCUCGGACUCAGACGCCGGCAGCCAGGACGGGGAGAGGCUCCAUCUGUGGAAUUCCUUCUACAGCUUGGAUCCCUACAACCCUCAGAACUUCACAGCCACCAUCCAGACGUCUUCCAGCGAGCCGGGAAAGGGAAUGUCGGACGUGGAAGAGGAGGAGGAGGAGGAGGAAGACUCGUGGGCAGAGUCCUCCGAGGGCUCUCCGAGUUCCGAGGAGGACGAGUGGGACUGUGAGAGCGUGGACGAGGCGGAAAACUUGAAACUUUGGAACUCGUUCUGUAGCUCGGACGAUCCCUACAACCCUUUAAAUUUCACGGCGGCCUUUCAGACGGCGGAGAAAAAAGGGACGCCGAAAAAAGAGAGGCUGAGUUGUGUCACCUCCGAGCACCUCACCGUGUGUCGGGUGCAGCUGGAAAAACUCAGCUGCGGGGGCCCAGAGCUGGGGCAGCGCGGGGGGAAAACCGCGAAUCCCAAGCGGAAAAAGGUGACAUUUCUGGACAAGGUGACCGAGUAUUACAUCAGCGGCGAGGAGGACAGGAAGGGGCCCUGGGAGGAGCUGGCGCGGGACGGCUGCAGGUUCCAGAGGCGCAUCCAGGACACCGAGGAGGCCAUCGGGUACUGCCUGAGCCCGCAGCACAGACUGAGGGUGCUGCACAGGCUGCAGGGCUGCCAGUCCCUUCUAGAACCUUCCACACCCCUCCAUCGGGUACUGCCUGAGCCCGCAGCACAGACUGAGGGUGCUGCACAGGCUGCAGGGCUGCCAGUCCCUUCUAGAACCUUCCACACCCCUCCAUCGGGUACUGCCUGAGCCCCCAGCACAGACUGAGGGUGCUGCACAGGCUGCAGGGGUCCCAAUCCCUUCUAGAACCUUCCACACCCCUCCAUCGGGUACUGCCUGAGCCCACACAGGCUGCAGGGCUGCAGAACUGAGCCCUUCUAGAACCUUCCACACCCCUCCAUCGGGUACUGCCUGAGCCCGCAGCACCGCCUGAGGGUGCUGCACAGGCUGCAGGGCUGCCAAUCCCUUCUAGAACCUUCCACACCCUGCCUGAGCCCGCAGCACAGACUGAGGGUGCUGCACAGGCUGCAGGGGUCCCAAUCCCACAGGACUGAGCCCUUCUAGAACCUUCCAGACUCUGCCGUGGGCCCCAUCCUUAAAUUAAUGAAAUCCCAUCUAGAAGUGGCAGCUGCGUGUGGUGAAAUGGGCAGAAAAAUCAGAUUUUUUUCUCCUUUUUUUUUGUUGGUUUUUUUUAAUUAGUCAGAACCAGAAGUGGCAGCUCCAUGUGCUGAAAUGGGGAGAAAAAUCAGAUUUUUUCUCCUUCUUUUUUUUUUUUUUUUUUAAUUAAUCUGAACCAGAAAUGGCAGCUGCAUGCGCUGAGAUGGGCAGAAAAAUCAGAUUUUUUUCUCCUUUGUUGUUGGGUUUUUUCUAAAUAAAUCUCAACCAGAAGUAGCAGCUGCAUGUGCUGAAAUGGGCGGAAAAAUCAGAUUUUUUUCUCCAUUUUUGUUGUGUUUUUUUUUUAAUUAAUCUCCACCAGAAGUGGCAGCUGCAUGUGCCGAGAUGGGGAGAAAAAUCAGAUUUUUUCUCCUUUUUUUUUUUUUUUUUUGAUUUUUUAAAAAUUAAUCUGAACCAGAAUUGGCAGCUGCAUGUGCUGAAAUGGGGAGAAAAAUCAGAUUUUUUCUCCAUUUUUCUUGUUUUUUUAAAUUAAUUUGAAACAGAAGUAGCAGCUGUGUGUGCUGAAAUGGGGAAAAAAAAUCAGAUUUUUUUCUCCUUUUUUUUUUUUUUUUUUUUUAAUUAAUCGGAACCAGAAUUGGCAGCUGCAUGUGCUGAAAUGAGGAGAAAAAAUCAGGUUUUUCCCCCUUAUUUGUUGGGGUUUAUUUUUAAUUAGUGAAAUCUCAACCAGAAGUGGCAGCAUGUGCUGAAAUGGGGAGAAAAAUCAGAUUUUUUUCUCCUUUUUUUUUUGGUUUUUUUUAAUUAAUCUGAACCAGAAUUGGCAGCUGCAUGUGCUGAAAUGAGGAGAAAAAAUCAGAUUUUUCCCUCUUUUUUGUGUUUUUUUUAAAUUAAUCGGAACCAGAAUUAGCAGCUGCAUGUGCCGAGACAGGGAGAAAAAUCAGAUUUUUUUUCCAUUUUUGUUGUUUUUUUUUAAAUUAAUCUCCACCAGAAGUGGCAGCUGCACGUGGUGAAAUGAGGAGAAAAAAUGGGAUUUUUCCCCCUUUUUUGUUGUAUUUUUUUUUGUCCCACCCCUUUGCUAUUGAACAAAUUCCCAUUUUUGAUAUCCUGAUAAAAUCCCCGGAGCUCCCUGCCAGGGCGAGGGCGCUCUAAUUACAUUCCUGUUAAUUAGCACUUGACUCUUGGGGUUCAAUCCAUUCCCAAAAAUUGCCUUUUCCUUGGGGAGUGGGGACUGUUCCUUUGGAAUUUUUGCACUUUGGGGGAAAAAAAAACCUAUUUUAAAGGAAAUAUUUAUGGGGUUCAUUCCCUGGAAUUGCAGUUUUGAUUUCAAAUUCCCUGAGGGAUGUGCAAGGAAGGGAUUUUUAUUUUAUUUUGGGUUUUUUUGUGUGUGUGUUUCUCCAUCUUUUUAAAGCCUCAUUUUUUAAAAAUCUCUUCCUUUAAAGGAUUUUUCCCACUUUUUUUGGGGUUUUUUUGGCACGGAAUAAUCCAAUUUUUGAUUCUUCCUGGAGCUUUUUUGAGGUUUAAAUAUUCCAGGCAGGUUUUGGUUUGAUUAAUUUAAAUAAUUCCCUUUUCCAGGAUUAUUCCUGACUGCUUUUCCAACAAAUUCCUUGGUUUUUAAAUCAAGGAAAUUCCUCAUUUCAAUUAAUAACUAAAACUUAACGAGGCUGUGGAUGAUGCUUGAAUUUAGGGAGGAAAAUUCCUUCAUUAUUUAAUUAAUCUCUGCUGUAAUUUUGCUUUAGGAGAGGGCUUGAAGUGAAUUUUUAUAUCCAAUCUUCUUGCCUUGAUAAUUUCCUUUAAUUUCAGGAAAUUAUCUUGGAUUUAAAGGAAAUUUUAAGGCAAAAAUUCCCUGUUUUCUUCCCCAAAAAUCAGUAUUAAUUCUGUGUGCCUGCACUGGGGUCACCAAAAACAUUUCAGUGAGAGGACAAAACUCUUUAUUUAUUAUUCUUAAUUUAAAAUAGUCAAUUAUUUUAAUUGAGAGGGGGGGGAAAUGGGUUUGGAGCUGGAGGUUGGUGUGGGAAUUUUCCAAGCAGGGAAUAAAAGUGGAAAAAUUCCAAUGUUUGCACUAAGUUGGGUCAAUAAAUCAAUUAUUUGUUCAGCUGGCCAGAAAAUUUUCCACUUUGUAGAAGAAAAAAUUGCUUUAAGUUUAUCUUUAAUUCCUUCAAUUUUUAAUUUGGAUGAAAAUUAUUAAUUCCUGCUUUAUCCUGACUCAAAAAUCCCAGAUUUCUUUGGAUUUAUCCUUUAUUUUUAUUGCAGGAAGUGGCUUCUUUAAGUCAAAAAAUCCACAAUUUUUGUGGUGGAGUUGGAAAAUUUAGGGGAUUAAUUAAAUAAGAGUUGUGUUAAUUCAAAUCCCAGCUGUUUCCACCCCAAAAAAUCCAAUUUUUUCCUCAAAAAUUUGCAUCACACCCUCAAAUCCACUCGGAAUUUUGGAGGAUUUUGCUCACGUUGGAUCUGAUUUUUCACUCAGGUGAGGAAAACCAAAAAAAAAAUUAAAUUCCAAGAGGAAAAAAUUGUGGAUUUUUUUCCCUGGAGCUCCCAGCUGCUUUUCCCAAUCCCUGGGAUUUUUGGGAAUUUGGUGCUUCAGUUCUUUAUGGACAACUCAGAUUUCUUGGUGCUGGGGAGAACCUUGGGAGCUGCUUGGAAAAAACGUGGAAAAAACAUGGAAAAAACGUAGAAAAAACGUGGAAAAAACGUGGAAAAAAACAUGGAAAAAAACAUGGAAAAAUGGGAUUUGAAUAAGGAACAGCUGCUCCCACCAUGGAAAAAAGAGAUUUUUAUCAGCAUUUCCUCUGCUUGGAGGAGUUUUUUCCCUUUUUCCAACCUUUUUUCCAUCAGAAAAUGGAAUGGAAUUAACACCAAACCCAUCCCAGAUCACCUCAGAGCUCCCCUUUUUUUUUCCCCUCAAAAAAAUUUCCUUAAAAUUCUUGGGAAGCAAAACUUUGGAGGGAUUGAAAUCAGAACUGUGAUCCGCAGAUUUUUAUUUUUGUAUCAUUUUUCGGGAGAAGCUUUUUGGAUUCGGCUUUCUGUGGGUUUUCCUUGAUUUGUGGCUGCUCUGUUGGGUUUUUUCUACCUAAAAAAUUCUAUUUCUGUACAUAAGAAACUCUUCGGGACUAAUCCGUGCGCCGUAAUAAAAGAGAUUUGCAAGAUAAA